AUGUUUUUGAAAAAUUUUUCAAUUUUUUGUGGCUUAAUUCAUGAAAAACACAAUUUACAAGGAAGUAAGGCUAAUAAAGGCAAAGAAGAAAAUAUUUCUAUAAAGGUUAUGACCUCUUAAAUUUGUUUUAAUAGGGAUAUAAAAGGCUAUUAUUUAUAUCAAGAAAUCAAUUUACAGAUGCCUUCUCCCUUCUAAGAAGUUAAUCUAGCAUUUUAUAUUAUAGAAGUCCUUAAAAUUUAAAUUUCUUCUUAAAAUUUAUCAAUUGCUCAAAAGUGAAGAAAAGAGCCUCUAAAUCAUGAAUAGUCUUCAAUUACAAUAAAUAAAUAACAUGUUCAUUUGUUUAAAUCUAGUAAUAUUUUGUAUAUAUAAAUUUAACAAAAUAGAACUUUUUUUAGCAGACUGAGAUUCAAGUACUGAAAAGUCAUCUUUUGUCUACAAUUUAAGAGGAAUUGAUUAAGCGAACCAAAAGCAGCAAACAAAUGCAUUCGGUGUGGCUGUUACUAUUGAUUUAGACAGAAUAUUUUUUUUGUUUAAGAGGAGGUUCUUGA